AAUCAUAGUAUGCUUCUUAUUGGUCAGUCACAUGAUUUGCAUUUUUCCGCCAUCUUGGUCAUAAGACUAAACGAGUAAUCUUAACUUUUAAUUCAAAAAUCAUUCCUCUCUAUUAGAAUGGACGGUUUCAGUGAAGGAAGUCCAGUAUAUGCUCCAUUUUUUGGAGUAAUGGGAGCUACUGCAGCUAUGGUAUUCAGUGCUUUGGGUGCCGCCUACGGAACAGCGAAAGCUGGAACUGGAAUAGCAGCAAUGGCAGUUAUGAGACCUGAACUUAUAAUUAAAUCGGUCAUUCCAGUUGUCAUGGCUGGUAUUAUCGCCAUAUACGGUUUAGUUGUUGCUGUUCUUAUAGCCAAGGAUUUAGCAGAUGACGGAAAGUACAGGCUUUUUAAAGGGUUUGUACACUUAGGGGCAGGUUUAAGUGUUGGUCUUAGUGGAUUGGCAGCAGGAUUCGCUAUAGGUAUCGUUGGUGAUGCUGGAGUUCGAGGUAUGGCUCAACAACCACGUCUAUUUGUUGGUAUGAUCCUUAUUAUGAUCUUCGCUGAAGUUCUUGGUCUUUACGGAUUGAUCGUAUCGCUGAUCCUUAGCACAAAACAAUAAAUGUUAUAUCAUCCUCCUAAUAUUACGUCGGGGAAUUGUGCACAUACUUUAGAACAAUUAUAGUAAGUGUUGUAUUGGGAUAUUUAAGAUAUAAUGUAUAAAGAAGCAUUUACAGUUUUGCUGGACGUAGGAUACACCAUGUCAAAUCGUUGUUGUGCUAUUUUGCGUUUAACAGACUUUUCUGCCAAGUAUGUGCAUGUGUUUCUUGGGGAUUUUUAUGCAGUAGCUCCUACAAUCAAGAACUGACAUAAAGAUGCUGCAGUUAAAUAUAUAAAGAAAUAUAACAUUAGUGUUGUCUUACUGCAUAAUAAUGCCCAACGAAAUAUCUCCAAUCAUUACUUAGUUCAAAUAUAUUAAAUAUUUCAAUUUAUUUCAAUGUAUAGAGUGAAUAAUAAAUAUAUCUAAAAUACCUGUGAGUCAAUAUCACGUGGAUAAGAGUUUAUAAAAAAAGAUGUCAGUCGUCAGUUCACCCAUUGGCUUUUCAUGAGGACUAGACAAGAACAUGUUAGGGAAAGGAUUGAUUAUAUAAUCGUUGAACUCUAAAAAGACAGCAAAUGCUAAUGCCAUCUGUUAAUCCAUUCAAAUUCAAAGAUAGAUAGAUAGCUCACGUGACGAUUAUUCCGGACAACCCAUUCUAUUGAUGACAUGACUCUUUUGAAACAGGGUAAUCGAUAAUGUUUAUACCGAUUACCAUAAUUUUUUUUACUAAUGUGGAUAAAGAGACAAUAUUCAUUUUUCUACCAUAAAGUUAACUCUGGACUUUUCAAUAUGGCCGGCAGUUUUACACCGUAUGAUACGAGGCUAAAUACUAGAACGAUAUUCUUGAUUAUAUCUUAACAAUUGAUCUUAUAACCGACCCAAAAUUUUUGAAGAAGUAAUUUCAAAGCGUUGUUUUUGUAAUUCAGAUAUUUAUAAAUAUUUCAUAUAUGUAGCUCUGCUAAUUAAUCAUGUGAUAAAAUAUCCUUCGACCUACAUCCCCUAUUAAGUUUAAUUAUGUAAAUGAAUAUUCAGUAAACUAAUGAGAUGGCUAUAGCUUUUUAUUAUUUUAACGAUAAAACAAUCAUUUCAUUCAUUUAGCUUUUAAAAUAGCAACAUUAUUCAUUUUAGAGACUCUCUUUCAUUGUAGUUAUUAAAUAUUAAUAUAUUUGACCUAUUAAUAAUUCGAUUAAAAUUCUGGCUAAGAUAAGAAAGUAUUAGCAUAAACUCGAAAUUUGAUAAAAUAGUGAUCCUAUAAGAUUUUUUUUAUCAAAAUAAUAGAUUAAGUAAAUUAAGAGAACAUUUCAAUUUAUUAUAGAAUAUAGUUAUGUAGGAAAUAAUAAUUGAGACAUACUUGUUUGUUCAUAGCUAACUUAAUUGAAACAUUACAAAUUAAAAAACAAAUAUAAAGAAGCGAACGAAUAUAAAAGGAGUAUAAGGCGUGCAAUAAAUGUUGAUAAAAAUUGAAAAAUCUUCACUUAUUUCUUAACAAAAGCUAUUGUACAUCGACAAAUGCAUUGAGUAUAUAUCUAUAUAUACAUUUAAUAUAUGCUUGAUGCAUAUCCGCGUAUUCAGUAGAUGGAAUAUUAAUUUCAGUUAGAAAUAUUCUUUAUGAAUUUUCUUCUAACAUCUAUCUACGUACUUUUAACCUAUGCAGAUGGUUUUAAAAAAGCAAAAAUACAAUAAAAAAAAAUAAAUCAACAGAAAGCGUUUCCUUUCAUUUUUUUUGCUGUAUCGAUAAGUAAUUUAAAAAUCCAAUUAAAUUAAAACUGAGAGAAAUACUAUAGUAAAAUAAUAAUAUUAGAUUAAUCAAGGUUCUUCGCUGUGAGGUGAUUGGUUGUUAUUAUCUCGAUUUCCCAUUAUUGCUCCACAAACGCCAAUAAUACACAUAGAGCAGCACAUGCAAAGUGCAAAUAUGUAAACUGCCGUUGUUAUCCAAAAGGAAAAGUAAUAUAAAGUGGGAUUACAGUAGUCGGCACUCUCCUUAUUUUUGUCAUCAAAAUCAUCGUAUAUUUUAUAUAUCCAAACGUUUCCGGCGACGAACCAUCCAAAGAGGAAACACCCAAUAAGACUAUCAAAAGGAUUGGUUUUACUAUUGGCUUCUUCAGCAUUCUCUUCGUUCCGAUUUUUACAUCGUUGAAAGAGAGAAGAUAUAUUUUUUAAAACACCAAAUGCACCAGCCACAAUUAAAUAUAUGGGUAUGUAUUUCUCUCUUGGGCAAUCACCCUUAUAUAUCGAUCCAAUAACAAUCAUCGAUAUAGGUAUAGCCAAUAGAACUAGAAGCAUCAGUGUAAAUGCCACAGUAGAUACUAUAAUUUGAAAAAAUUUCUUAGCAUAUUGAAGAGUAGAUGUAGACUGAUUCCUGGCCUCCUUCAUUCUGCCAAAUAUUGUAUCAUAUGAGGGUGGAGGAUCGUUAUAAGUUGCAUCGUAGGCUGGUGGCGUGGAGCCAUAACUUGGAGGUGGAUCUGGUUCCUGAAAUAUAAAAUACGUAUAUUCUUUGAUCUCACCUGUAUGCGUGCGUUAUAUACGUGAUACAACUACGAAACAAUCAUACUAUUAUUAUAAUCUUAGUGUCAUAAUAAAUUUUCAUUGUGGACAACAAACCAUGUUCGCCGAGAAAUUGUGACGUAAAUAUCAAGUUUAUUUAUUAAUUAAUUUAUUAAACCUUUUGACUAAUUCUCAGCCCUUUAAUAUUGAUUUAUGUUUUUAAUAUAUAUUGUCAUGCUCUAUAUGGCACAACAAAAAUUCGAAUUACUCAUGGGAAAUACACUGCUAUCAAAACUAGAAUGAUUAUAUUAACUCUUAAUUAACUUGUUUUAUAGGCAGGAGUGGUCAAUUACUGACAUGAACCAGAAUACUUUAAUCAUUUUCGUAUUAAUAUACAAAACAUAAAUACGAAUUAGGAAUCUAUUGAAUAAAUUGUAAAAUAUACCAUCGAUUGUGCUGAAGCUGCUCCUGCUUCCACCUCUUUGGUUACUUCCAUUUUUUUUCUUAUGAAAUUAUAGAAAUUUACAAUAAUAAAUAAAUGGUUUGAUCCGAAACUCUAGUUCUAAGGGCUGACCAACAGUAUAGAUACUUAUCGACUAAUUGAUAGAACCGGUGAAGUAAAAGUAUGGUUCAGUGGUCUGACUGGUGUCUACGAAUAACAUGCGCAAAUCAGAGCUCAACCUGAUGACCGGUAACAGUAGUAAAAUUUCAAUUUUUUUAUACGCUUAUUUACUGCACUAUUGUGGAAACCUGUUACAGUCA